AAAUUGAUCCUUGCAAAUUCUCCAAUGGUCUGUGUGGAAAAAAUGCAGUGUGUAAUAAAACAGGACCUGGACAACAUGAAUGCGUCUGUCACCAAGGUUACAGAGGAGAUGGCGUGGUCUGUACAGGUAAUAAAUUGUUUUAUUUGAUCGUGGUGAUAUAUCUGUAUAAUCUCCAGGUAAACUCUUGUGUAGUACAUGUGUAUUCAAUCAUUUGAGCUCAACUUCUUCACAAUUUUACGUACUGCACUAAUUAAUAUACAACUUACAGACUUCGUCCUUUAAAGGAUACUAAAUUUCUGAGUGGACUUCUCGUUAAAUAAUACCCAGGGCCGUCACUAUAGGGGGGGGGGGGGGCAACCUCGUACCCAGGGCUUUUGCGCGGUUCGGAGACUUUGGUGUUGGAACUAUACCAGAGCCUCUGAACCGCGCAAAGGCCCUUGGGAACGAGUUUGAGGGGGAGUCGGGUUAAUUAUCUUUAAGCCAUGUUUCCCAGAGUGGGCAAAUACUAGGAAACAUUAGUGAGAAACAUAGGGAAACAUCAAAUGUUUCUGAAUUUGCUAGGCAACAUUUUUGCUUCUCGGGAAGCAAAUUUUGUUUCCGCAACAAUGUUUCCACGGGUGGGCAAACAGGGAAACAUUUGAGGAAACAUCGAGAAUCACAAAUGUUUCCACAACAAUGUUUCCUAGUUAUCCCUGGGCUUUAGCUUUGAUUUUCUCGGCUUAGACAACGUUGAUUUUAAAAAUUACUUCGCCAGUGAACUCAUAAGAUGGGUCAUUUUCAGUUACAGGUAAACUACGUGAAGCGUUCCUCUUUUAAGUUCCUAACUUGAUUGCAAUUUUCCUCAUUACUUUAGCAAAUUUGAAAAACUCCCUUGCAAAUCCCUUGAGGGAAUUUGCAAUGUUCUAAGAGCCAAAUAAAUUUUCCUCAGUUCCUGUUAGAAGUUCUUAACUUCCUGUUACAAGUUCCUAACUUCCUGUUCUGUUCUGCGCGUUGUAAUUGGCUAACAAAAAUAAUCCGCCAAUGAUAACGCUCAGAACAGAACAGGAAGUUAGGAAAUGAAAACAGGAAGUUAGGAAAAUUUGAAAGGAACUUUCUUUGCGUUGGAAUAUUGCAACGGCCGACAGGAAAAUUGCAAAUUCCCUCAAGGAUUUGCAAAGAGUUUUUCAAAUUUUCAAAGCUGAUUAUGAAAAUUCAAAAUGAGUUAGGAACUCAAAAGAGGAACGCUUCACGUAGUUUACCUGUAAGCCAUUUAAAACACUCUCAGUCUGUGUUUUAUCAGAUAUAAUGCACUCGUGUUUAUAAUGCGCUCUCGUGUUUUAUAUCUGAUAAAGCAUUCCUCCUCGUGUUUGAAAUAGUACAUAAAAGGUGUCGUUAAUCGUUAAAUCAUGACAAAAGUUUGUCCUCGUUAAAUAAUGCAAUCAAAGAAAUGAAAUAAUUGUGAAGGGAAUUUCCCAGUGGCAUAACGCUCAUUGGGUAGGGUUAGUUCAAAAACUAAGGGCCCUCAACAGUUAAACCUUGGGCAAACUAGGAAACAUUGUUGCGGAAACAUUGUGAUUCGCCAUGUUUCCACAAGUGUUUCUGUGUUUUGCCCACCCGUGGAAACAUCGUUGCAGAAACACAAUUUGCUUCCCGAGAAGCAGAAAUGUUUCCUAUCAAAUUCAGAAAUAUUUCGUGUUUCCCAAGUGCGAUUUUUGUUGCCGAAACAUUGUUUCCUAGUGUUUGUCCACCUUGGGAAACAUGGCGAAACAUUGGCAGGAAACAAUGUUUCCGCAACAAUGUUUCCUAGUUUGCCCAUGAAGGGCUUUAGGAGCCCCCAUCAGCCACGUCCUAUCUCCCAGAAAAUUAGAAAACAUAAAGAAUGCAGGUUAAGAAUCAAUGGGAAAUACAAAAUUAAUAAUGCUAAAUAAUAAAGCCUCCAUCGACAACGGUAGUGAUUUUUUUAUUCCACCUCAAAUAAAACAAAAGUUAUUCUUGGUAGUUGUUACAUGUGUUGGGGACUGUUAUUGUUAUACACAUGGAAUUUUCCAGAACAUUCUAUAAUUAUUCAGUAUAAAUAUAACCUCUCAGUCAAACAAUGACAACAGUCAACAGGGGCCCCCACACCAAAUAUGCCCAAGGGCCCCUCUUCCCCCGUUACGUCACUGAAGGCAUGACAUUUUAUUGUUAUUUUAUUUAGCAAUUGAUCCUUGUCAAACAAAUAAUGGAAACUGUCCGAAUAACACACAAUGUAAUUAUACAGGGCCAGGAAAGGUAUGUUUAUACAUUAUAAAACGUCGUCAAUGUAGCGUUCUAGAGAGUUUAAGCUUCGCGUUAUACGUUAAACGCCAGCCAAGAAAAAUGUUACGGUAUCGGGCAAUACAGAGUAAAUGA